AUGGACCCCCAUCCGCAAUCCCCCGACUCGGCCCUGCCCUUCACAAGCUUCCCCAGGCGCUGCUCGCCCAAGCUGGGCGGCCAGCACAAGCGCACCCUCAGCGUGACCUCGUCGAUCGGCAGUGCGGUCGCCCAGCAUCACCAGCUCCUCCUCCUCAACAGACAGCCCUUCGAUCAGGAAAGCCCCUUUGAUCAAGAGGAUCAGGAGGACCAGGUCGAGAUAGCCGGCGGGAUGAGUGGCUUGCUCCGAACAGCCAAGGACGACGAUAACACCAUCCUCGACUGUCCACUCGAUGACCGUAGAGCCAGCGAGAGCUGCGGGAGCAGCGCCAUCGGCGAGCCCAUGGCACUCGACCACGAGCCUCCCAACUCCCGUGGAUCCCAAUCACAGAUAGGCGCAAAACGAGUGCGGAGGAAACAUGUCAAUCGAGCCAGCCUGCUGCCUCGGCCAAAGGCUCAUCUUAGGGUUGCUGCUCAACUGAGUACCGAGGAAGUCUCGCCGGAUCUACUCACUGAGGCUGAAGUCCAUCGCCGCUUCAAAUCGAUACCCUUCGUUGUACCCCAAGCCAGUACUUCCACACCCACCAACACACUCUCGUCCACCACCCCAUCUAACUCACCCUUGAUACCUCGAACACCCUCUUCACCGUUCUAUCACCAUCUCAAUCGGCCCACACCCAACCGCUUCCCCGAACAGGUAGACGAUGACGACGAUGGGAUGGGCCUGGAGGGCAAAAGCUCGGGUAGCGACGAGGAGGAGGCCGCCGAUGACCACCACUCACAUUGCUCGGGUCUGCGUCGCUCGGUGAUCAGUCAAGAUGAGGAGUCAGAAGAACAAAAGAUGGCCGAGAUCCAAAAGUGGAAGAUGUUUCGUGGCUCAGGAUCCAGUGGUAGUUGCGGACCUCCUGAAAUCAAUCGGGCCGGCAAACGGAGAUGCCAAGAACCAGAACGCUACGAGUAUGGAAUGUUCAAAAGGAGAGCCGUCUCCCCAUCCUCGACAUCCCUCUCAUCAUGCAUCGGAUCACCAAUCCAGAACCCGGUCUCGAUCCCUCAAGCCUGUCCAUUGGCCUCGAAUCCCACACAAACCAUCUCUGCCUUCAGACCGAGACGAUCUGAUAUCUAA